AUGCCGAAAAAUAAUCAAAGUGCUAUUUUGAACAAAACUACAGAGUUGAUUGAUAAAAUUUUUAAUCUUGAUAACAUUUAUGAUUCUGAUAAAGUUUCUCUUACCUAUAUGGAAUUAUAUACACUUACAUUCGACUGUUUCAAUGGGAAUACAUAUGCCUAUUCAACCAAUCGAUUGCGCGUCCCUAAAGAACCAGCCGUAACAGGAGAAGACUUAUAUGUGCAUUUGGAGAAUUAUCUACGGAACAAACUCGACAAUGUAUCGAAGGACAUUGAUAAUAUAUCCAAUGAAAAUAUCCUUCAAUAUUACAAAGAACUUCACUACAACUAUAAAAGGCUGUUUAAAGUAUUAAACGGUAGUUAUAGCUAUCUUUCUCGACGUUGGAUUCAACAUGAACUUGACUCCGGAAGACGUGAUGUCUAUAAAAUUGACGUGGUAGCAGAAUAUUUUACUUAUGAAAUUAAUCAAGCAAAAACUUAUCUACCUGAAGAAAAAUCAACAUUAACAACACUGAUAGUCUUAUUAGAAACAAUAUUUUUACCAACUGAUAUUUUCAAUAUUAUUGUAGGAAGACUUCAAUUACUCGUAUCAGAUGAGAAUAAACAUCAAGAACUAGCUGUGUUGUUUGAACCAAUUCAUCAAUUAACAAAAUUAAAAAAUGAAUUGUUGAAGUUAAUUGAAACUCAUGUUUACCAAAAAGCAAUUGAGUCUAUCACUGACGAUCUAAUUAAUAAUCCAUUGUUUUACAUUGAAACAAUUGUUAAUAUUCAUGGAAAAUAUCAAAAACUUAUCCAGGAGACGUUCGUAGGAGACCAACAUUUCGUUGCCAGUUUUGAUAAAGGUUAUGCGAAAUUUGCCAAUCAAAAUCCAGUAUCAAAAACGACUGGUAUCACGAUGACAUUAGCAGAAAUUCUCGCUCGAUAUUGUGAUACAUUACUGAGAAAAGGCUGUGAAAAUGAUGACUGGAAUGAGAAGUUGAAUAUUAUUAUGAUUAUUUUCAAUUAUCUCAAUGAUAAAGAUGUUUUUAUGAAAUUUUAUCAGAAAAUGUUACGAAAACGUUUAAUUGAUCAAUUAAGUGUAUCAGAUUCUUAUGAAGAAACAUUAAUUUCAGAAUUUAAAAAAAAAUGUGGUUAUGAAUAUACAUCAAAACUUGAACAAAUGAUUAAAGAUAUUCAUUUAAGUGACGAUUUAACUAAUGAAUAUCGAACUUAUCAAGAAGACAUACAUGGAAAUGAAACUAGUAAAAUCUAUUCGAACAAUUUUCUUGAAGAAAAUAAUUUUUUUUCGGUUGUGGUUCUUACUUCGAAUUCUUGGUUAUUUUCUCAUCCAUCUGAUAUAAUUUUACCAAUCGAGUUUAAAACUAUAUAUGAUAAUUUUACAACAUUUUACCUUAGUAAACAUACUGGUCGAAAACUUAUAUUACUUCAUCAAUAUUCCAAAGGAGAAUUACAAAUAAAUUUUACAACAAAAAAAUAUCGAUUACAAGUAUCAACAUAUCAAAUGCUGAUUUUAUUAUUAUUUAAUCAAGAAUUAAUUUGGACUGUAGAACAAAUUCAAGACAAAACACAAAUUCGUUCAGAAUUAUUAUUCGAGAUUCUUUUAGGCUUGUUGAAAAGUAAAUUAUUAAUAGCUGACGAUCCUCUUACAUUGAAUAGUCGAAUUAAACUAGCAGAAAAUUUCAUAAGUGACAAAACUCGAUUGAAUUUAAAUCUUCCAUCAAAACCUAACGAACAAAAAGAUCAAAGUCAUUUAGUCACAGCAGCAGUUGAUGAACGUCAAAUGGUUAUUCAAGCUGCUCUCGUUCGAAUAAUGAAAAAAGAACGAACACUAAAACAUUCACUAUUAAUACAACAAGUUAUUCAACAAUUAACUUCAAAUUUUAAACCAGAUAUAUCUUUAAUCAAAAAGUAUAUUGAAAUAUUAAUUGAGAAAGAAUAUUUUCAAAGAGAUUCAAACGACAAAGAUACUCUACAUUAUUUGGCUUGA